CCUUUUUUUGUGGGCAGGGAACAGAUAAUGGGUACAGUUUGUUGAUCGCUAUCUGAGCCGAUUGUCAAUCGUAAGGAAACACAUGUGUUCGUAUCCCUGGACGGCACCCCAAAAAAAUAGGAUUUCAUCCCCAACUGUUAGCUCCUCCCAUCUGCUCCAUUUUGCAGUCGACACCACACGAGAUAGCAGAGGAAACCAAGAAUCAAGGAAGGGUGGUUAGGCAUUUCCUAGUCUGCGCAUUGACGGCAACAGUCAGCGGUGGCGCCCCGUUGAUGGACAAUGAUGGUAUGGAGUUUUUGCUCGACGCGGUGGACAGGUUCCGCGUAACAGAGGAGUUUGCCGACAACCUCGAACAGCCAGAUCCGGUGCCAUUGUUGUAUUUGCUGCGGAAUGAGGUAGCAGAUCUCAGUCCCGAGGAUGUUACUGCAACCUCCGGCCUUGCUGAGAAAUCCGUCGAAUUUGGGUUGGCCGCUGCGACAGAAAUUGGUCGGCGCCGGCGUGAUGCAUCUCCAGCAAAGUCGGCUCAGUCCACUGACAGAGUGAAUCCAGAGGCUCCGGGGUGGACUAAGAGGCUUAGGCUUGGCAGUGCACCCCCAGAUCAUACACCCUGUCCUUCUAGGCGUUGCGCUCUUGAGAUAUCAAUCAGAAAAUAUGCAGAACAACCCGACAAGAGUGUUGUUCGACCUGAGAUGGGACUCGCCUUUGACUCAUUGGGUGAGGCGUAUGAUUUCUAUAAUCUCUAUUCUUGGGAGAUUGGAUUUGGAAUAAGGGAAAACCAGAAGCCGUGAACAGCAGGUCUUGCAGAUGCGAAUGCCCAGCUUUGAUCAGGCUCCUGCGUGCGUCCAACAACAGCUGGUAUAUCACAGAGCACCGGAAAGUCACAAUCACUCAAUGUCAAUUACGAUGGGUGAGAAAGUGCACUGGCCAUCUUAUAAACAUAUAGAUGUGUAUACAAAGGAUUUGAUAAAACAGCUGAGGGAGAACAACGUCAACCUCACGAAGGUGUACAGCAUAAUCGGCAGCUUCUUCGGGUUUGUCAAGAAGGUACCCUUCACCAAAAGGACACUGAGGAAUAUUUGUGGGAAGAUUAGCCGUGAACAGGCAGAGGAUGAUGUGCGAAAGACGCUAGAGGCGAUUGCAGACAUUCGUUCAAAUGAUCCUGGAUUCACCUAUGUUGUGUUAGCCGACCAGUCAAACAAGGUGAAAAAUCUCAUGUGGGAAAAUGGAAGCAGACGGCUACAGUACAAGUUUUUUGGUGAUGUGGUAACAUUUGACACGACGUAUAGGACCAAUCACUAUGACAUGCCUUUUGGUUUAUUUGUUGGGGUUAACAAUCACUACCAGAGCAUAAUAUUAGCAGGGGUGUUGAUGCGUGAUGAACAAGAAGAAAGCUUCGAAUGGGUUUUUGCUGAAUUUGUUCGAUUGAUGGGCGGACCUGCCCCAAAAACGAUACUUACAGAUCAAUGUAGGGCUAUGGAGGUCGCGAUAAGAAAAACUUAUCCAGACACUGUGCACCGAUGGUGCAAGUGGCAUGUACAAAAGAAGGCAAAGGAAACACUCGGCCCACUGUACACCAGGAAGAGUGAUUUUCAGGCUGAAUUUCAUAAGGUUGUGAACCACAUGCUGACCGAAGACGAGUUCGAAGCAGCUUGGGGUGCGCUUCUCGAUAAGUACAAUCCAGAACAAAUGUCUUCGAUUGAGCCCAAGAGAUGAAAAAAGGUUGAAAAGACAGUAAUAAGAUACCAGAAAGGUGAAAUUGAUUAGAAAGGAGGAUGAACUAGAUUUGAAACCAGUAGGAAACAUCAAUCAAAUACCGCAAAUUCGGGUUCCAUGUUGUGCCUCCAGUUCAUGUAUGUACUCUCGGAAUUUGAUUCCUGAUCACACUACGAAUAUCUUCUUAUAACAAUGGACGCGAGCUCGUGGUCAAGGGCAUCUGUCUCAAUUAA